ACGCAGAGCCGCGGUGGGCGUUUCUUCUUCUUCUUUAAAUGCAAAGAGAAGAAGGGGGUCUCUCAAAGUCCAGUCCGCCUCGAGCACUUUGCCGGAGGACUCUAACCCGCACCUGGACCCGGACUGCACCGCGAAGCUGCACCUGAACGCCUCACGAGACCUCUGUGACUCAUCAUGAGUCUGAGUGUCCACGACCUCACCGAGCUCUUGGAGCUGUGGGAGGAGCUAAACCUGACGGGCGGCGACAACCACAACCUGUCCCACGUGGAGACGCUGAAAUGCCGGGGCGCCGUUGGCCACUCCGCCUUCCUCCACGUCCUCUGCGUCCUCUACGUCUUCAUCUUCCUGGUGGGCCUCGCCGCCAACGGCCUGGUGGUCUGGGUCAACCUGCGCGUGCACCGGAACCGCUACGAGACGCACCUGUACGUGCUGAACCUGGCGGUGGCCGACCUGUGCGUGGUGGCCACGCUGCCGGUGUGGGUGGCCUCGCUGCUGCAGGGCGGCCGCUGGCCGUUCGGCGAGUCCGCCUGCAGGCUCGCCCACCUGGUCUUCAGCGUGAACCUCUUCGGCAGCAUCUUCUUCCUCGCCUGCAUGAGCGUGGACCGCUACGUGUCCGCCGCGCGGUCCGCCGACGCCCCCGACAGCCGCCGGAAGAAGGUGGCGCGGCGGCUGAUCUGCGUCCUGGUGUGGCUGCUGGCCCUGGCGGCCUCCGUCCCUGACACGUACUUCCUGCAGGCGGUCCAGUCGUCGCACCGCGACGGUGCCGUUUGCCGGCCGGUGUACCCGCCGGACAACCCUCGGGAGUGGAUGGCGGGCGUCCAGCUGAGCUUCGUCGUGCUCGGCUUCGCCCUUCCUUUCCCCAUCAUCUCCGUCUUCUACCUCCUCCUGGCGGCGGCGAUCCCCCCCAGCUCGGAUCGGGAGCGCCGCGCCAGCCGGUUGAUCAUCCUCGCCUACAUCGUGGUCUUCCUGGUGUGUUGGCUGCCGUUCCACGCCGUCCUGCUGCUGGACACGCUGGCGCUGCUCAACGUCCUGCCCUUCAGCUGCCGGCUGGAGAACUUCCUGGACGUGGCGCUGCACCUGACGCAGUGCUUCUCGCUGGUCCACUGCUGCGUCAACCCCGUCCUCUACAACCUCCUCAACCGGAGCUACCGCUAUGACCUCAUGAAGGCCGUCAUCUUCAGGUACUCCACCAAGACGGGGCUCGCCCGGCUCAUCGACGGCUCCUCAGAGACGGAGUCCUCCGCAGUGGACAACGGUGUCACGUUGGGAUCUCUUUUAUCCGAACAGGAACCUCAACAGGAACCGGCCCUGAGGAUCCCUCAAGGACUCGGAGCUGGGGAUUGACAACAGUCCCAAAUGGACUUGGGACCACCUUUUAGUACUUUACCAAUGGGUCUUCUACCUGCUGUGGUCCUUUCAGAGGGGACCAGCUGGACCAGUUCAGCUGGGUCUUGGUGAUGGACCCAGACACAUCAGAGCUUCUAAAGACUUCAAGACUUGAGAGUACUUCUCAAGACUUGGGAGUACUUUUAAAGACUUGGAAGUAUGUUUCAAGACUUGUGAGUACUUUUCAAGACUUGUGAGUAUGUUUCAAGACUUGUGAGUACUUUUAAGGACUUGUGAGUACUUCUAAAGACUUGGGAAUACUUUUAAAGACUUGGAAGUAUGUUUCAAGACUUGUGAGUACUUUUCAAGACUUGUGAGUACUUUUAAGGACUUGGGAGUACUUUUCAAGACUUGGAAGUAUGUUUCAAGACUUGUGAGUACUUUUCAAGACUUGGGAGUACUUUUAAGGACUUGUGAGUACUUCUAAAGACUUGUGAGUACUUUUAAAGACUUGGAAGUAUGUUUCAAGACUUGUGAGUACUUUUCAAGACUUGUGAGUUCGUUUCAAGACUUGUAUGUACUUUUAAGGACUUGGGAGUACUUUUCAAGACUUGGAAGUAUGUUUCAAGACUUGUGAGUACUUUUCAAGACUUGGGAGUACUUUUAAGGACUUGUGAGUACUUCUAAAGACUUGUGAGUACUUUUAAAGACUUGGAAGUAUGUUUCAAGACUUGGGAGUACUUUUCAAGACUUGUGAGUACUUUUCAAGACUUGUGAGUACUUUUAAAGACUUGAGAGGUGUUUUAAGGUCUUAUUAAAUAUGAUUAAAUAUUUAAAAAACACCCAUAAAACAAGAAAAAGUAUUUCACGCCUUCAGCAAGUCGAGUUUACGUUACUGUGAAUAUUUUUAUAUAUUUACUUUCAUGUUUAUGUUUAUGUAUAUUAAGCUUUUUAUUUCUGAAUAUUUUUCUGUUCUAAUUAAAGUUUAAAAAAGAACAUUUCUCUGCAGAAGAAGAAGAAUAGUGUUUCUGAAACUGAAUAAAAUGUU